AUGAAACUUGUGCAGAAUAAAGCAGCUUACGUUGCUCUGAACAUCCAGCAAGAACUGGAGUUAGCAAAGAAAAUCCCUUCACCAGUUAAUGAGGAAUAUGAGUUGCCUUGCGGGCAUUUCAUGAAUUUCCGUUCACAGAGAUUUCGAAAUCCCGAGGCUCUCUUCCAGCCUUCUUCGGCAAGAUUCGUUAAAGAUGGGGAAAACGUAGGUGUGCAUAAAAUGAUCAUCAACAGCAUCAUGAAAUGUGACAUUGGUAUCAGGAAUUAUUUGUUUAAGAACAUUAUGCUUACCGGUGGCUCGACUUUGUUUCCUGGUUUUGCAGAGGGUAUUACCAAAGAAAUUUUGGAGCUUGGCAGCUCGACUUUAGCCUUCAAAUUUUCUGAUCUAAUUGCUAGAGAAAUCAAUCAUAAAUUUGCCAAUAAGAUGUUCAAGAAUGUGGCACCGCCCAAUAGGAUGUACAACGCAUGUGUUGGAGGCUCAGUUCUAGCAUUACUCAACACUUUUGAACAGGCAAGUCCUUUUAAGACUCAAUUUUAUGUUAAUUUUUGCCAAGUUUCUGGUACCUAA